AACUUCCUGAAAUAUUCGAACUAUAAGGGUGUUUGGUUCAUGGUUAAUGAGCCCGAUUAACUGAAAUCGGAAUCUCAAUCUCAUGCACAAGUGUUUGGAUUAGUUAUUUGAUUAUAUGCAACGGGAACUUCAAUCCUCUUAGAUGGUUAAAUCAUACCCUUCUCAGUUCUUGGUUUCCAUACCAUUCUCAUUCAUGUUAACCUCAUUCUCGUUCCCGACCUUAAUCCAAACACCCUCUAUAUAUAAAUAAGGAUUCUCAUAUUUUUGUUUGUUUGACACUUCCGGUAUCCAAAUCAAACUAUGGAAUCAUCACAGGAUGACAAAAACACACACCAAAACGAUGAGCAGCACAGGACUAGCAGAGCUACGAAAUCGUUUCUUUUAUUUGUAAAUUGCAUUUUAGUCACAGUUGGUUCAAUAGCUGGUCCGCUUCUCAUGAGGCUCUACUAUUUGCAUGGUGGGAAGAAGAGAUGGCUCAGCUCUUGGUUGCUCACCGCAGGCUUUCCACUUCUACUUUUCCCGAUUUCCGUCUCGUUUUUCAGAAAUCGCAAAAAUUAUUCUCCAAAUACCGCACUCUUUGUCACGCCAUGGCUCGUUAUGGCCAGUGCAUUUCUAGGUUUCAUACUAGGCUUCUCGGUCUACUUAUAUUCAAUCGGCAUUUCUUACCUCCCUGUCUCUGUUUACUCUCUGUUAUGCACAAGUCAGCUUGCUUUUACAGCGAUUUUUGCGUUUUUGAUUGUGAGACAUAAGUUCACACAUUACUCUAUAAAUGCUAUUGUUCUGAUGAUUCUUGGAUCGGCAAUUCUGGGAUUACGUAUGGAUGGAGAUCGUCCUAAUGGCGUAUCGGAUGAUAAAUAUAUGUUUGGGUUCUUUAUGACAAUUGUGGGAGCUGCAAUUCAUGGAUUCAUGUUGCCUGCUGUUGAGUACACUCAUUUGAAAGCUGGAGUUCCUGUAACAACUAAUAUUGUCAUGCAAAUUCAGUUUCUUAUAAUGAUGUUUGCGACGUCGUUCUGCACUGUUCCUAUGAUCAUUAACAAGGAUUUCCAGGGAAUAGCCCAAGAGUCUGAAGAAUUUGAGCUGGGAGCAAGAAAGUAUUUCAUGAUAAUAGUUUUCGCGGGACUGGCCUUACAAAUGAAUGUUCUGGGUAGCCUUGGUGUGAUCUUCUGCUCUUCGUCUCUGUUUGGCGGCAUUUUAACGGCUUCUCUGGUUCCGAUUCAACAACUAUGUGCUGUAAUUUUCAUAGGCGAGAAUUUCACAGCUGAAAAUGGGAUUGCCUUGGCCAUGUGCCUCUGGGCUUUUGUUUCUUACUUUUACGGACAGUACAAAAUUAAUCAAAAGAGAAAGAAAGUAUCGAUUAAUCAAGAAGAAGAACAAGAAGUAGUCUGAAAUGCAGUUGAAACUGAACUGCUGCAGUACUCUGUACAAGUAUAAUAUUCGUCUGGACAACAUGUUAUACUAGUAUUUCAUUCAGCUUGCAAAGUUCUUAUAAUUGUACAUUCAUGUCAAAAUUCAAUGCGCCUGGGUCUCUGUGGCUUAAAAACUAGGCCGAUAUAUGUCAAAAUUAUCGAAUUCUUGGGUAUCAUGCUUGCAUAUAGAUCUGUUCAUAAUAUGGAAUCCUGUCACUAGACAAGCUAAGAAAAUUGCACCACCGUCCACCUAAACCACUUGAGCCAUAUAUUUUUCUACGAGAGCUACCCACGGGAUUUCAAACCUCUGGUUAUGGACUGCCCCCACUUAUAACCGGAUAAAUCUGGACUCAUUUAUUAAGGGCAAGUGUGUAGAGAGCUGAACCUGGGUCCGGAUGAUAAUUGCCACUUGCUCUUACCAACUGAGCUAACCCAUGAAGCUCACCGAGGCCUUAUUUUUACGAGGUCUACGUCUAAUGUGUAUUUGGAUUUUGCUGGGAUGAAUUAGAGAAGGAUUAUGAAAUGGUUAUCUGUUUUGCAGAUCAUAUAACUGUAUUGCAAGUUGGAGUGAUUUGUUGUUACAUUUACUCGGAUUCUUGGAGUUUAUUACCUAGCAUCUGGGUGCUUGUAAGUACGCCUACAUCAAUGCCAUGCUCAGUGGGCAUGAGUGUGCUAGCAGUUCUCCGAAUUAGUCAAGAUGCGUGAAAGCUGAGCCGUACACCGAAUUGUAAAAAAAAUAAAAGGUACCUUCUGCGGUUGUAAAUGGAGUACCUUGGGAAAUUUUUACGAAAGGAGGAAAGUAAAUUUGAUGAGGUUUGAGGUUGGGAGUAAAGAGUUGAAGGAGUUGCCUGAAUUCGAUGUUGCCUUAUCUCUGUGUUCGGCUAAAGUAGAAUGCGUUUUGAUCGGUCUACAAAUUCCAUCAACUAUUGUCUGAUUACAUAACCUCGAGAACUCCAGUCCUGCGUUUACGAGGACUCCUCAAGUCAAAAACGAUGCUGAAACAAUCGAUAUUCUUAACAAAGAAUGUUGACAAUAGUUAUCAACCAUACGGCCAUUCCGACCAAAAGAAUCCAAAUAUUAUUCUUGUCAUUUAAUCGAUUAGCUAGGAAUGAUCAGUAAGUUGAUGUCGCAAGCCUUAAGACAAGGAGACUUGUUUUGUUAUCGACUGAAAGGAACAACAGCGCAAGGAAGGGGGCAUUUCAGUUUCAGCUGUGUGUCUUUGACCUCUUUGUCUUCCUGCGCCUCCAGAAUCAAAUCCUGCUUUUAGGGUGGUGGUGGAGUCGGUUAAUUAUAUGACAAAGAAGGAUGUGUUAUUUAUUUUUUUGGCUUAAUUUGUGUUUGGAAUGCUGGCAUAUAUACCGUUUCCAAAUGAGC